AUUUUCUUAGCAACCAUAUAACAAUAAAAGAAAUCAAACUCUUCAAUCUUAGUCUUAAACACCCAUUUGGCUCAACUUUCAGUAAGUCUCUCAUCUUUACAACAACCUCAAUAACAUAAAUCACAAAACCCAGAAUUUCUUUCUCCUUCCCAAUCGAAAACAAAUCAAAAGUUUCAACUUUACACAGCAAUAUAAAGCUCAAACAGCACAAACUACAAUACCUAAUUUUUUUUUUCCCUUUUAUUUUCUUGGAAACCAAACAAAGAGAGAAAAUUGAAUAAUGGGUAUGUGUUAAACCUCAAAAAAAAAAAUUUUAAAAAAGCUUACCAACAUACAAGGACGAUUUGGAGAAGAAUUUAGAGAAGCCAGGUGUUUGUGAACCCAUAACCAAAUUCUCUAAAACCCAAAACCUCUAUCUUUCUUUUCUCACUAUUGUGAACCCAUAACCAAAUCCACCAAUAACCAAAUGCAAAAACCAACAAAACCCAAAUGCAUCUCUUCACUCACACUGGCAAACCACUCGCUCAGACUCUCUGCACGGCCACCAAGACUCGCACCUAGAAGCUCGAGCAAAUUGCCAACGAGAUCCGAGACCUCACCAAGCUCGAACGCUACGACUACUUCGUCCUCUGGAGGCACAAGAUGGGCCUCAACAAGUACGGCCCAGCAAUCUCCAGGCUCGACCCAUCCUCGGCUUCUGGAUCCGAAGCCGGGUCGGGCGAGGAGGCCAAAGCCGCGGAGAAGAGCGCGUUCGAUUUGAAGCUGGAGAAGUAUGACGCGGCAGCGAAGAUCAAAAUCAUAAAGGAGGUGAGAACUUUCACGGAUUUGGGGUUGAAGGAGGCCAAAGAAUUGGUCGAGAAAGUCCCUGUGGUGUUGAAGAAAGGUCUCACCAAAGAAGAGGCUGAUCCCAUUCUCGCUAAGCUCAAGGAAUUGGGUGCCACUGUGGUAUUGGAAUAAAGAUUGAUUUUUGUUUU